UAUAUCUCCGACGGCACUUGAAAGCAGCACCGGAGCUUUCGUUUGACAGUAGUGAGAGAAGCUAACGUCCAGCAGCAUGUCUGAGAAGGAGCUGGGGAAGAAGUGGGACCGAUGCUUGGCAGACGGUGCCAUUAAACUCGGCACCGGGCUGGGGUUAGGAAUCGUGCUUUCUGUUCUGUUCUUCAAACGGCACACUUGGCCGAUUUCAUUCGGCUCAGGAACGGGACUCGGCAUGGCGUACGCCAACUGUCAGAAUGACAUGAGGUCCUCGUUUUUGCUGCACAGAGGCGAAAAGGAGCAAUAGCUGCAAGUCAACGAGGGACUGUCGUUUAAUUUUUUUUUUUUUUGAGUUGCUCUUUUUGUUUUGCUUUGUCUGUCGGAGAGUCGUCAUUUGCACUGUUCUACAGUUAGAUCCUUAGUCUCCCUGUUGAACCAUCCACCCUAGUAUGACUCUAUAUCAUUUGUAUGUGCCUGAUCAGGACAGUCUGUAUGUAUUUAAUAAAAUAAUCACAACAACAAAAAA